ACAUAGGUAUCAUAAACAUGGUUUUUACCUCAAUUUUGUUUCGUUUUGGUCUAUGAAUUCAAUUUCAGUCUUAAGUUUUUGCAAGUGGUAUUAUAAUAUGGUAUAUAAGACAGAAAGGACAUGUGGGCGAUCAAAUUUGCAUCGAAAACAGCCAGGAUGGUAAAACUGUGCAUUGUACUGGUUUUGUGUGCGUCAUACAUGACGUCAGCAGUUAGUGAAACUUGCAACGAGACACCAUCAUGUUCCCUUUUUCCAAACCAAGACCGUGGCGUUGUUUCUGUAGAAGAUGUUACUCAGAAAGUGCAAGGAAAGCACUGGAUAUUGAUUUACGUCUCAAAGAUUUCACCAUUACCGCAGACCUAUGGAAAAUGUAACUUCAGAUGGAAUACUCCUGACUCUGACCAGAAUAUUAGGAUGGAGUUAAUGUGCUACAAUUCCACCUUAAAAGAAUGUGGAAAUUACGAAAGGGUGAUCAGACGGAAAGUUUUUGACUGUAAUCGAGCAGAGGAAUACGGUAGUAAAUAAAACAUCUUGAAUAAAAGGAGUCAUAUAUACAUUAAUUUCUAUGAAAUUAAAUUUCUUUGAUUAAAAAUAUUACUCUUAUAUGCCAUUGAACAUAUUAAAACGUUAAUUUAUUAUGAUAAAGCCGAUCAGAUAUUACAUAUAUCGUUUUAGAAGCUUCAUACAUUUUAUGAAUCCCGCACAAUUCCCAUUCCGGAUGAUUCCUCGUCCUAUUAUUUUGAGAGAUUUGACAACCCGGACAAUUUCCCUGCCGUUACUUUUUACAGGGCAGAUAACUCCCCACCCCGGUUGUUUUUUUUUAACCUGGGUAACCCCCCUCCCGUAAUUUUGACAGAGCGGACAAUUCCCAAGCCGUCUUCUCUCUUCCCCUCGGUACGUUCACGUCGAAGAGAAUGCACAGGGCAUUGACAGAAGAUUUGGAGCUUGGCUGAAUUUUUCAACAAGGACGCGUUGACAUGUUUAGAAAAUGUGUUAUGGUGCAUGAGCCCCUAGCAUAGAGUUACGGCUUGAAAGGCAGGACAUUUGCUUGUAUAACAUUCCUCCUUAGGGCUACCUCCUCCUUAUUAUAUUGUCUAAUGUAACUGUACAUUUAGGUCGUACAGUGACCUACUUUUGGCUCGAAAUUCAAAUCUUUGAAUUAUUGACCGUGAAAAUUGUAUGGACGUAAAUUAUCACGACAUUGUGCUUCAAAAUUAACCCUUAACCCUUUACCUCAUAUAUAUUAUUUGAUAAUUUCGCGUUUUAAUGGCUGUUUAUACAAUUGUAGUUGCGAUUGUAGUGUAAUACUUUAUUUCGCGUUUUUAAUACUUUAUUUCGCGUUUAUAAUACUUUGUUUCGCGUUUUUAAUGGCUUUUAAUACAAUUGUAGUUGCAAUUGUAGUGUUAUACUUUAUUUCGCGUUUUUAAUGGCCGUUAAUACAACAAUGAAUGCGAUUUUAGUGUAAUAUUUUAUGUUUAAUAUGUGUAAAU